AUGUGGGCCCCACUCACUGAUACCUCGUGGAAGGUUCUCUUCUCCACUCUCAAGGUCAGUGGAAGCCUGAAGGAAUUGGACUUAAGUGGCAAUCCACUGAGUUGUUCUGCAGUGCAGAGUCUGUGUGAGACCCUAAGACACCCCCAGUGCCAUCUGGAGACCUUGAGGCUGGCCAGAUGUGGCCUCACCUCCAGCUGCUGCCAGGACCUGGCCUCUGUGCUUAGCAACAGCUGCAGGCUGAGGGAACUCGACCUGCGAAAGAAUGACCUGGGUGACCUUGGUGUGAAGCUGCUCUGUGAAGGUUUCAAGCAUCCUGCCUGCCAACUCACAUUCCUACGGCUAGACCAGACCUCUCUGAGUGACACAGAGAAGGAGGAACUGAAGGCCCUAGAGGAAAAGAGACUUGAGCUGCUCAUGUCAACACUGUGGUAA